UUCCAACUUAUGAUUCUGUCCCUCCAAAAUUGAUUUAUCUCCAUCUAUCUAUCCUCAAUAUUCCCGACCUUAUUUUCCCAUAAAAGAUCAACUUCUCAUAAAGAUGGGACUCCUCUUUCAUUCUACAAGCAUCUGUUCAUAAAUCGUUUUCAGUCUGAGAUUAAAUUAUUAUAAGGCUAGCUAGCCUGGUUUGGGCUUCUUACUUUCUCAGCUCACAAUUCAAGUGGCGAAAUGGCAGGCAUUGAUAUGAAGAAGAGGAAUCCCAAGAUGAAGCCAAUUCCGAAAGUCACGCUUGCAUCCAUUGAAUCCUUGGCCAUACCUCUCGUGCAGGAAGUGGUGUUCUUGGCGGACUACCGGUGCGCCAGGUGCCAGAACAGGGUGGCCGAAGUUAUGUCCAAAAUGAACGGAGAAACAGAAUCAGUGGUGGUGAGCGUGCUGGAAAAGAAGAUCACAGUAACCUGCAAAUUUCCGAGGCUCAACAUUUCUAAACAACAACCUCCUCCUCCUCCUCCUCCUGCUGUUUCCUUUUUCUGCAAUAAUCCUAUUAACAAAGUUGCUUCCGUUUUUCUGGCUUUCUUUCUUCCUUCCCGUACUUAAUUCAUCAUAUCACUUCACUUCAAUUCCCACUUAUGUACCUAGUAUAUAUAAAGAUACAUAUAUAGCUCUGCAUUUUACAGGAAACCCAACCCCCCAAAAGAACAACAGAUUUUUUUUCACAGAUUCCCUUUUAUAGAUUCAAAGUCUUUAAUUUGACAGCAGUUAGUUAGUUUGUACUUUUUAUAUGUAUUAUUCUCUUUAAUUUUCUGGGAUUGUACUUGUAAACUGAAACCUAGCUUAAAGCUGUUCGAUCGAAAGAGAAUGUAAACAAGAUUGUUCGUUGUACUUAUUAAUUUUCUUUCAUAUACAGAUAGAUUAGUGUA